AUGUCUGAAACAGGUGUCGCUUAUGCCGAAAGGACCACUGCAGGUCUUGACUUUGCGAAUGUCAAAGCAGUGGGUGUCAGUGAUACUGCGCAUGGCACUAGGCCGCUGAAGAGUCGAAGCACCCCUAGCAGUAACCACAAAAGCAAGCAUGACGUUGGUGUUAUGGCUGGGAUUGGUGUUGGUGCUGGGGUAGGCGUGGUGCUCAUUUUCGCUGCCUUGGUGACCUUCUUUGUACGGCGUCAUCGGAAAAGGGAUCGGGCAAGAAAGACAUCAUCCUCGGUGGCAGAGGCGUCAGACACACUCGGUGCAGGAGAUCAUGGUCACAGUCCUCCCCUGACUGAAAUAUCUCCCACUGCCCUGCCGGCUGACCUAGCCCAUGCUGAUCCACCGAGGGGCCUACCAGGUUCGGAUCCCAGGGCCCAAGAGCUUGACUAUGCUGUAGCUCACAAGGCUGGCAAGGAAGAGGUAUAA